GUGCAGGUGAAGGAUCACAUGGACAAGCCAGUGAGAGGUGUUCAGGUCAGUCUGGUGGAGAAUGAGCUGUUCAGACAGGGGAGGGACCUCGAGGCCAUGUCCUGCACUGACAGCUCCACCAGCGAAUCAAACGGCCUCACUUUCUUCAUCUGCAACACACCUGGUGAUGGAGUCAGGGCUGUUCUCAAGUUUCAGACGGUUGACUCCACCCUCCCAGCAGCCAGUCAGAGCAGUCUGACUCUGACGGCGGUUGCUUAUUACUCGCCAAACCAACGUUAUCUCUACAUCGACACCCCGCUGAUGGGUCCCGGCCUCCAGGUGGGACGACCAGCGCGUCUCAGCGUGUACUCGGCCACGCCCUCCUACAUUCCCAUCACAACCAUCAGCUACCUGGUGAUCUCUAAAGGGAAGGUGGUGGAUUUCGGCAGCCAGAAGGUUCUCUCCAACGCUGACAACAAACAUAGCCUGAGCUUUCAGGUGACGCCCGCCAUGGUGCCGUCCAUCAGGGUGUUGGUCUACUACAUCCUGUUUGGAGAGGGGACGUCCGAGCUGGUGGCCGACUCCGUGUGGCUGGCCGUCGAAGACAGAUGCAUCAGCGGGCUCCAGACUGACAUGUCUCUGGGUGAGCAGUACUACAAGCCCAAGGAACAACUCCAGCUGGAUGUGAGGGCCAAUCAGGAUGGCCUGAUGGCUCUGUCUGCUGUCGACGCCGCCAUCUUUACCCUACGACCCAACUACCGAGACCCUGUUUCCAUGGUUCUUCGUCACAUCGAGCAGAGCGACCUGGGCUGCGGUGGAGGCGGCGGUAAAGACAGCGCAGAUGUUUUCCGUCUGGCUGGCCUCACCUUCAUCACCAACGCCAACACGGCCCCCUCGACCAGCAAUGAGGCGUGCACAGCUGUCGUGCGUGCAAAGCGAGCUCUGACCGAACCGGAGAAAAAUGCAAAAGCGGCAAGAUAUGGUAAAUUCAAAGUGUGCUGUGAAAAUGGGAUGAAGCGUGCUCCAACGUAUAGAAGCUGCCUUGAUGAAGCUAAGGUAUUUGUCCACAAGAACAGGAAGUUCUUUCAACCUGGACCAGCAAGUCAACGCUGUGUAAUGGUCUACCAAGAAUGCUGUGAGCAUCUCCUGAGGAGCAUCGACCCAGGCAGCGUCAUUGCACGUAAUGAUAUGGGUGCAGACUUUGACCUCGCUCCUUCUCUGGUGCGGAGCUACUUUCCAGAGAGCUGGAUGUGGGAGGUGCAGCGCAUCAGUUCAGGGCGGCUGGCGGUCAGCAGGACUCUGCCGGACUCUCUCACCACGUGGCAGAUAAAGGCCGUCGGCAUGUUCAAGAACGGUAUGUGCGUGGCAGAUCCCGUCCAGGUGUCGGUCCGUCUGCCGCUCAGCGUGGACAUCCCGCUGCCCUAUCAGGUGGUCAGAGGAGAGCAGCUGGAGCUGAAGGGGUCCGUGUACAACCAGCUGCUCGACCACGUUAGGUACUGCGUGACACUGACAGUCGGCCCGGCCAUCUGCCUGCUCAAGUCUCAGCCUGUGAUUGGGCAGGCAGGGCUUCACUCUACAGCAUGCGAAUGGAACGAGAUACCAGGAAAAGGGGUGGGACCAGUGACCUUCACCCUGCUGGGACUGGAACCUGGAGAGCACACCCUGACCUUCACCCUGAAAACACCCAACCGUCGGGCAGACAUCGUGGAGAAGAAGCUGCGAGUGGUGCCUGAAGGAGUGAGGCGGGAGGUGAGCUCUGGAGGAAGACUCGACCCACAGGGAGUGUAUGGCUCAGAGAAGAGGACAGUGGAGCUGAAGAACCAAGUGCCGAGCAACAUGGUUCCCAACACGGAUGUGGAGAGGAUGCUGACGAUCAAUGGCGAGGUGCUGGGGGAAGUCCUGUCAGUGGGGCACAACCCCGAAGGCUUCCGGCAGCUCAUCAGCCUGCCGGUUGGAUCAGCGGAGGUGGAGCUCGGCGGCCUCCUCCCCCUCAUCCAGCUGUUUCAGUACCUGGAAGCAUCAGGCAGCUGGAACGUGCUGGGAGAAGACAUCCAGAAGAGCGCAGCUAACAUGAAGAGGAAGAUCAGGGAGGGCCUCGUCAGCAUCAGUUCAUUCAGACUUGGAGACUCGAGCUACAGCAUGUGGAGGAAUAGAGAGCCCAGCACCUGGAUCACGGCCCUGGUGGUGAGGGCUCUGGCUGCAGCGGAACCUGUGGUCUCCGUGAACCAUCAGACUCUCUCAGAGUCUCUGACCUGGCUGGUGCUCAAGGCUCAGCAGCCGGACGGGUCCUUCACUGAGGAGUCCCCCUACAAAUCCAACAGAAUCUUGGCUGAGGGGACAGAUGCAGUGGACCAAUCAGUGUAUCUGACAGCCUUUACACUGAUUGCUCUACACAAAGCAACAAAGAUUAGAGACCGGAUCCUGCAGCUUAAGAGGCACGAGGACAGUAUUAGUUCUGCCGUAGACUACAUUUCCCAGCAUGCCCUCAGUGUGAAGAGUGUUUACGUACGUGCAGUGGCGACCUAUGCGCUGACCCUUCAUGACCCCAACAGCAUGAUAUCCUUCCAGCUCAUCAGCAGCCUGGAGAAGCUGGCACGGCAAAAAGGUAAUCCUGCUGUACUCAGGUACUGGCAGGAGGCCAGUGUGACAUCUGACUGGCUGAAGCCCGACCAAUCUAGCGGUGUGACGGUGGAGAUGACGGCGUACGUCCUACUGACUAUGCUGGCUAAGGGGAGGAUCUCAUAUGCGAAACCCAUCCUGUCCUGGCUGACCCAGGAUCAGCACUACGGUGAAGGUUUCUACUCUGUGCAGGACACCUUCUUGACUCUGGAGACAUUAACGGAGUACAGCAGAGUUGUCUCUCGAGCCGCCCUCAGUCAGGACAUCAGCAUCCGCUACAGAACAAAAGGAAUUCUGGGACAAAUCCAGCUGAGCCAGAGUCGACCCGUGGCCUCACCCUUCCAGGUAACAAAGAAUGAUGACAUCACUGUGUCCACAGGUUAUGGUCGCGGCGUGUCCAAUGUGAAGAUGAAGACGGUGUACUAUCAGACCGUGGCGUCCGCACAGGCCACGUGUAACUUUGACCUCACGAUUGAGGUGGUCAUGCCUGAAACCAAUCCAAGAUUACGAACUCCUACCCUGGUGGCCUGUGUAAAGUAUAAACCUCCUCCUAACGAGGUGUUCACCGAGUCCAGUCUGACCGUGAUGAAGAUCCAGCUGCCCACAAGUGUGGACGCGUACCUGGAGGACCUGAAGCAGCUGAUGGACACCAGUCAGCCAAUCAUCUCCCACUACGAGCUCCAGGGGCACACCAUCAUCAUCCAGAUGGACUCUGUUCCCUCAGACAUAUUUCUGUGCGUGGGCUUUCGGAUUAGGACCACGUUUAAGGUGACCGGAGCCACCAAGUCCUUGCUCAGUGUCAGUGAGCCCCAGGACAGAGGCAGUUUGUGCACAAAGCAGUUCUCCUACGAGGAGAAGGGGCUGCAGCUCCUCUGUCUGGGCGAACAGUGUCAGUGCAUGACAGCGGCGUGCGCCACCUACAGAGGAGACGUGGACGUGACGCUAACACUAGACAAACGAACCAACGAGACGUGUCAGCCUCACAUCAAAUACG